AUGACGGUGAUUAUCGAUCGCUUCGACAGAGUUCUCGAGUCCGCGACGCGCGUCGCGUCCAUGCUUCGCGUCGCGUUCGCGCGCGUCGGACUCGGACGUCACACGGCGUCGCGCGCGCGAUGGGCGUCGAUCGACGCGCGCGAUGCGGCGUCGAGGGCGACGACGAGGACGUUUGGAGGCUUGGACGCGUUGCGGUUGAGGUUCUUUGCGUCGCGGAUUCUACGCGACGUCGCCCCGGGUUCGACGAUUCGAGUGGAGAGCGCGAUGGAUGACGUCACGGUGGAGGUGGUGCCGGCGACCGCGCCCGGGGAGGAGAUGGAGGUGGAGGUGACGAUGAAGGAUGGACACGGUUCGGCGGCGGACGCGGGCGCGCGGGCGGAGGGCGUCGGUGAUCUGGGCGACGGAUUCGACGUGCGAAGAGAAGGGGAGAGGGGCGAGAUCGUGGUGGUCACGGAUGGGCGCAUCGCGGGGACGUCCAGAGCGGUGACGAUCAGGGCGACGAUUCCGCCACGCUUUUGCGGGGUCGACGCCGCGCUCGACGGGAGAGGUUCGAGCGUUUUUGUGGAGUCUGUCGUCGAGGCGGGAUUGAAAUUACGCACGAACGGAGGAGACGUUGGGUUAGGGACGAUCAAGGGAUCGAUCAUGGACGUGGAGACGCGCGGGGGGAGCGUGCGCGCUCGCUCGAGCGUGAGCGCGGAUUCGAGAGUGCAAACGCAGGGUGGGGACGUCAUCAUCGGCGGGAAACUCGUCGGUUCCGUCGUGUACGUGGACACCGAGACCGACGAGGAGGGACGUGGGGGGAAGUUCCAGGUCGAGGCUGUGUUCGCCGAUAAGAUCAACGUCAACACGGGUGGCGGCGCGGUUGCGGCGAAGAGCGUGCGCGUCGGCGAGUUCGGACUCGUGCGCUCGGGAGGCGGGGACGUCGUCAUCGGUGCGCUCGAGGGUGCGGGAGACGAGAUGAUAGGGAUAGAUUCCGGCGGUGGAAGCGUGGACGUCGCGUUCGCCGAGCGCGUGCACAUUGCGCACGUGAGCUCUCGCGGCGGCGCCAUCGAAGCCGCGUUUCCGAGCGGUUUCUCACCCUUCCCCCAUGUCGUCGGCGUCCACAACGGCGUUCUUGUCGACGACAUCGUCACUCUACCCAACCCCGCCAUUGAACAUCCGCGCGGCGUUCGCAUCGUCCACGACGACACCGACGUCGUCGCCCGCAAGGUGGCUGCCGGAUCCGAGGGCGCGAGCGUCGUCCUCGACGCCCGAGCCGGCCCCGUCCGUCUCCGCGCCGAUUCCUGGUUCGCCCGCGCCGUCGCCGGUCUCACUGACCGCUCUUGA